AUGGCAAUACACUCUGCCACACUCCGGGCGCCGCUGUCUACGGAAAAGGAAAAUGGACCCCAAGGCUCCGGGCCGCCCCAGGACUCGGCGCUGUGCGAAGAGUUACCUGCGCCGGGCCUGGACGAUGGGGCGCAGAGAGGCGCUAGCUACCUGGCGGCGGUAGUGACAGCGACGACGGCUGGUCUGGACUGCCAUCCAGCUGGAGCCAGACCCUCGCACCGACGGCCGCGCCAGCGCCCCUGGUGGCUGCGGUGGCAACCGCGGCGGAGCCGGCGGAGGCGCCGAAGGCGGCGGCGGCAAUCGCGGUUGAAGCGGGGCUCCGCGAGGCGCUUUCCCAGGCUGGAUGAGGAAUGCGCGGAGGCUGCAGCUGUGGGCUCUGGGCCUCCUCCGCAGCCUUCCCCGCGCCGGUCUCCUGGACUGCGGAAAGAACGACUGCAGCGGCGAAGGCGGCGGCAGCGAAGGCGGCGUAGGCGACGGCGGCAAGCUACGGAACUGGAGAACAUCAUAGCCAAUAAGCGGCUGCUGAAAGCGCGGCAAGGAGGACUUGACAAAAAAAAUGGUCGCAGUAAAAACUGGAAGAAGAUCCUGAAGCUGCCUCCACUCAGCCACUGCGAUACUCUGAGGUACUCUAUUGAAAAGGAUUAUAAUAGCCUUUGUGAGAAGCAGCCAAUAGGAAGACUUCUUUUCAGGCAAUUUUGUGAUACAAAGCCAGAUCUCAAGAGGUACAUUGAAUUCUUGGAUGCUGUGGCAGAGUAUGAAGUUACCAUUGAUGAGGAGCAGAGAGAUUAUGGACUGUCAAUCAUAAAUAUAUUCUUCAGUCAAGAGUCAGAAGCCCUGUUACCAGAAAUAUCUCCAACUGUUGUGAGAGAGUGUAAGUGGAAUCUGAUGCAGAACCCCUCCAAAAAUGUUUUUGAGGAAUGCACAAGAGUUAUUCAUAACUAUUUGAGUAAAACCCCAUUUGAAGAGUACCAAGAAAGCUCAUAUUUUUCUCGAUUUUUACAAUGGAAAAGGCUGGAAAGGAGGCCAGUGACAAAGAACACGUUUAGAUAUUACAGAGUACUAGGAAAAGGCGGAUUUGGAGAGGUAUAUGCCUGUCAAGUGCGAGCUACAGGAAAAAUGUAUGCCUGCAAAAUGCUAGAAAAAAAAAGAAUCAAAAUGAGGAAAGGUGAAGCUAUGGCUCUGAAUGAAAAAAGAAUCUUAGAAAAAGUGAACAGUAGAUUUGUAGUUAGUUUAGUCUACACUUAUGAAACCAAAGAGUCCUUGUGUUUGGUGCUCACCAUCAUGAACGGAGGGGAUUUGAAGUUCCACAUUUACAACCUGGGCAAUCCUGGCUUUGAGGAGCAGAGAGCUGUGUUCUAUGCUGCAGAGCUGUGCUGUGGCUUGGAAGAUUUACAGAGGGAAAGAAUUGUAUACAGGGACCUGAAACCUGAAAAUAUCCUCCUGGAUGACCAUGGACAUAUCCGGAUUUCAGAUCUUGGUCUAGCCCUGGAAGUCCCAGAAGGGGAGCUGGUUCGAGGAAGAGUUGGGACUGUUGGCUACAUGGCUCCAGAAGUUAUCAGUAAUGAAAAGUACACAUUUAGUCCUGAUUGGUGGGGACUUGGCUGUCUGAUAUAUGAAAUGAUAGAGGGACAUUCUCCAUUCAAAAAGUUAAAAGAGAAAAUCAACCGGGAAGAGGUUGAAAAAAGAGUGAAGAAGGAUGCUGAGGAGUACUCGGAGAAGUUCUCAGAGGAUACCAAGUCCAUCUGUAGGAUGUUACUCACCAAGAAUCCAAGUGAACGGCUAGGCUGUAAGGGUGAUGGAGCAGCUGGAGUGAAGCGGCAUCCCGUAUUCAAGGACAUUAACUUUAGCAGGCUGGAAAAACAUAUGUUAGAUCCCCCUUUCUGUCCUGAUCCUCGGGCCAUUUAUUUUAAGAAUAUCUUGGAUAUUGGAAAGUUCUCCAUAGUGAAAGGCAUCAAGCUGAACGCCGCUGAUGAGACCUUCUAUGCACAGUUUGCUACAGGGUGUGUCUCCAUCCCCUGGCAGAAUGAGAUGAUUGAAUCUGGAUGUUUCAAGGACAUCAACGAAGGUAAUGAUGAGGAAACUUGGUCAUCAGAUCAAGAGAAGAUGUGUUCCACAAUUCUUGUACCAUGGAGAAACUUCUUCUAUAGAGUCUUAAGAAGAGGGGGCUGCUUGAGCACUGGCAAGAAAGAAGGGGAGCCUACACAACGCUAA